AUGCAGAAGGUCAUCCGGAGGACGGCUUUGGCAAGAAACCAGGCCCAGCGAAAGGCAGUUCGAGCUGUUAAAGAUGCUGAGCGUGAAGAAUUCAAAGACCACCUGAGACAGCGGUUCGCUUUGAACCGCAUAGAGCUCGAUAACAUCCGCGCUGAGAGGCAACGACGACGAGAAGACUGGCUCCGCGGGCCUUUGGCACCUCAGCGCGAUGCCGGAUUUGAGGGUCAAUCGUUCGGUGCCCUGAGCCCCCAGGCAAUGAACCCACCACCUAUCCCCAAGCACCUAAGGAGGAAAUAUAUCAACAUCGCCGUGGGAGAUCGAGUGUGUAUCAUGAAGGGCCGGGAUAAGGGCAAGAUCAAUGAGGUUGUCCGUGUGGAUACAAGCAACGAGACGGUUAACGUGAGGGAUCUCAACAUGAAUGAUGUGCACCUUCCCAGUUGGAUCAACUCACAAUACGGAAACAAGGGCACUGUCAACGCGAUGGCCUUGCCGAUUCCCAUCGAUGAUGUCCGCCUCGUCGUUGCCCUUGACGAUCCAGCUACUGGACAAACACGAGACGUCUUGGUUGAACACGUUCACGGUGGAGAGCCAAUUCUUGAACGGGAACAUGGCACAGAAACCCCCAGACAUACCAGAUACAUCUCCGGCGAAAAUAUCGAAAUCCCAUGGCCUCGCCGUGAACCUCCAGUUUUGAAUGACGAAGAGUGGGAUACGCUACGCAUGGAAGUUGAAACGCCGACUUGGACACCAUCGCUGCACUAUGCACCCUUCCCUCCCAGUGUUCUGGAUGAGCUCCGGAAUAAGUUCUCGAAAUACCGUACACGGCACGAUCCAGAAUGGGUUGAGGCGAAGAAGAUGGAAGAUUACAGAAAGGAGUACCUUCAAAGCAGGUCUUUGUUGACACCCAAGGGUGAACUGAUCGCCAUGAUACAGGCCAAGAAGAAGGAGCGCCUGGAUGCGAGAAGGGAUGCCAAUGGCAAUAUGCUCAUGGACGACCAAACGGCCGGAUUCAUUGAGAAUUUCUUGAAAGAAAAGGUGGCGAACAAAGCGUAA